CACCAAACCCAAACCCAAACCCACAAAAGUAAAACCCUUUCUGUGGUAAACCCGAAUCACUUUUCUCUUCAAAAUCCUGUCACCGUAGGGGCACGUACAUGUUAAUGGCGACUCAGACUUUCUCAUUUCUCUCAAUUUCACUCCCUACUUCCAAAAUUUACGUCGAGAAACCUCACCAUUCUUCGCUCCUACUUCCACUAAGCUCCUUUCACGGUAACAAGCUAUUGAUUAAACAAUCCAAUUUCAGCAAUUUCGUCCUCAAGUCCCAUGGCUCUACAGCUGCUACUGUGUUAUCAAGUCUGCCUACUAAGAGACAUCCUUCGGGGAAAAUACCAAAAUGGUCUGCAAGGGCAAUAAGGUCAUUUGGUUUGGGGGAAUUGGAAGCGAGGAAGCUCAAGUAUCCUAAUACUGGAACUGAAGCACUUCUUAUGGGGAUUUUGAUUGAGGGAACAAGUCCAGCUGCAAAGUUCCUAAGGGCCAAUGGGAUCACUUUUUUCGAGGUUCGGGAAGAAACUGUAAACUUACUUGGGAAAUCUGACUUGUAUUAUUUCAGUCCUGAGCAUCCUCCAUUGACUGAACAGGCUCAGAGAGCCCUUGAUUGGGCCAUUGAUGAGAAACUAAAAUCAGGCGAUGAUGGAGAAAUAACCACGACUCAUAUACUUCUAGGGAUUUGGUCAGAAAUAGAAUCUGCAGGUCACAAGGUUAUGGAAACUCUAGGUUUUAAUGAUGAAAAAGCCAAAGAGCUUGCUAAAUCUAUGAAUGGAGAUGUUGUCUUGAGCUCUAAGUAAGGAAAUUUAUACAUUUUCUGGUUGCACAUUGAUGCAAAACAUUCUCCUGCACAGCUUCCAGAGGAUAGAUAAGCUUCUUAUUGGAGCAAGUUCAUUGCUAAGGAGGUUGUUCCCCUUUUCGGGUUCGGUUGAAAUUCUUAAGGCAUUACGCAUGUUCAGCUGGAGAUGUUGAAUUUUCAUCUUUCUAUACAAGGAAUUGUGAAAUCCAGACUCUCAUGUUGAUAACUUUCUGUAAUGAUGGAAUAUCUCUUUUGCCGAUUGACUCUGAA